AUGGAAAAAUGCAAUAAUGUCACUGUAUUUAUUCUUUUGGGACUUUCCAAAAACAAGAACACUGAAACCCUUUGCUUCAUCUUAUUCUUAUUUUGCUACAUUGCUAUUUGGAUAGGCAAUGUGCUCAUCAUGAUUUCUAUCACCUGCAGUCAGCUCAUUGAGCAACCCAUGUAUUUUUUCCUUAAUUACCUCUCAGUCUCUGACCUUUGCUACACAUCGACAGUGACACCCAAGCUAAUAACUGAUUUACUGGCCGAAAGGAAGACCAUUUCCUACAGGAACUGUAUGGCACAGCUCUUUACUGUGCACUUCUUUGGAGGCAUUGAGAUAUUUAUCCUCACAGGGAUGGCCUAUGACCGCUCCGUGGCCAUCUGCAAGCCCCUGCACUACGCCGUCGUCAUGAACAGGCAGAGGUGUAAUGCCAUCAUCAUCGCCUGCUGUACUGGGGGACUUACACACUCUGCCAGCCAGUUCCUUCUCACCGUCUUCUUACCCUUCUGUGGCCCCAAUGAGAUAGAUCACUACUUCUGUGAGGUGUAUCCUUUGCUGAAACUGGCCUGCUCGAACACACGCAUGAUAGGUUUCUUAGUUAUUGCUAAUGCGGGCCUAGUUGUUUUGGUGACCUUUGCUGUCUUGCUGCUGUCUUACUUUUUUAUAUUGUUCGGCAUCAGGGCAUGUUCUGUGGAGAGCCGCAGCAAAGCUCUCUCCACUUGCAGUUCUCAUAUCACCGUUGUAGUCCUGUUUUUUGCACCUGAGUCAUUCAUUUGCAUCUGACCAGCCACAACUUUCCCAGAAGAUAAAAUGUUUGCUCUUUUUUACACUAUCAUUGCCCCGAUGUUCAACCCUCUGAUCUACACGCUGAGAAACAUGGAGAUGAAGAAUGCCCUGAGGAAAGUUUGGUAUCGUCAUGUACUUCUGGAAAGAAAGUAA